AUGUCAAGUGCCCUUGUUGAUGAUGAAAGUGAGGAUAGAGAAAAUUGGAAGGGCAAUAAGGCACAAUCUAUGUACGAUCUUCAACGUGAACGGUCCCUGGAAACUAUCAAGGCAACUGCUGUUGCCAUAAAUAAUUUGGGGGUUGUUGAAAGGAAGAACGAGAAUGAUAAGCUGAAAGAAGUCGAAAUUGAGCAAACAAAGAUGAGAAGUCCAAGUCGCCGAUUACUCAUCACCACAAAACGGAUUUCUUCCACUGAUAAAACCAAUAAAAAUAGUUCCAACACUUCAAAAACAAAUUUCACUUCCUCUCCGAAACAAAAUGGAUCUAUUACAACAGCAGCUUCUAAAUCAGCCCAGCUUGCUUCAGCUGUGGUUUCAAGUUCCCCUUCUCCGACUGCCACAAAUUCAACACAGCAAAAGACCCAGCCUAGCUUAGCGGCAUCUUCUGAUACUUCCAUAGAUACAUCAAUUUCUUCCCAGGGGCAGAAGCGAAGACCGCUAACCUGGGCUUGGCUACGUGGCCAUGAAGUUAGCCUUUCAUCUCCAUCCAACAACGGUACUGAGAAACGCUCAGUUCCGAAUCGGAUGACUUUGACGAGGCGAAGAUCUCUUAAAGCUGGCAAUGCUAGUCUGAUAAACCGAAGCAUUAGCCAACAGCAAAAUGAAUGGCCCUCUCCAGUCCAUCGCCCAUCUAAUGCCAAUAAGCUCCAUAGUUCGACAAGUUUGGUAAAUGCCAUUUCAAGACGUGCCUCGGUGGGUCGACCACUUCUUGCGCAAUUGGGAGCACAGAAGUCUAUACGAAAAUCGGAUGCCGGACUGGCAGGCCCGUCGAACCCGAUUUCGGCUAGUGGCCGAGAGAUUAUACAACUAUGCUUUGAUCAGCCUCAUAAUGAUAUUGGUGCUCGUAUCUGCUCUCGAAUGCUCGAAAAGAGACCUGACUUUAGAAAUUUUGUUUAUUCAAUGGGUAAAGAUCGUUGGCUGCAAAUGACUACACGUUUAAGACAAUUCUUGGACAAUGUAGUUAAAAGGGUAGAUAAUGUUGAGGCUGUUGAAAAAUUAGCCAGAAGAUAUGGUGAGGAACAUGUUGAGUUGAAAUGCUUUGGUUUCAAGCCUGACUUUUGGGUUAGCCUAGCGGAUGCUAUGACUGUUGAAUGUGUUAUUCUGGAUCAGGCUACACAUCAACCAUCAGACACAAUAACUGCAUGGUCACUUCUCGUUUCGUUAAUGUUCAGUGCUGUUCGAGAUGGAUAUUACCAAGCAAUGAGGGCUCAAAGAAUCUCUCAACGACACCGAAACGUUCAGCAACGCGAACUCUCCCUUAGAUUGGAUGAGGAUGUAGAUAGUGACACAGGAGGAGGGCGCUCUUUCUCUGGAGUGGAAAAAAGUGCUUCUGCACAUGAACUCCAAUCCCCCGUCAAGAGAAGUGGCUCUCAAAACAAUGCUUUUAAAGUUGCAGAACAAAAGAAUUCAUUAACUACUUGUGAACAACAAGUUGUUAAACUGGGUGAUAAGAAACCAUCAUCUCUUCGUAAAGUAGAAUUUUUCUAA